GAUUUGUAAGCAAAGCGUCGUGGCGACGUGAACUCAGCCUGUCACGAGCGGAGAGUUAUUUGUAUUAUCGUGUGUGUGCGCGGAUGUAAGCGUAUAGGGGGUGUGCGUGCUUGAGUGCUUGUUUGCGGGACAACGAGCGUUCUGUGCGCUGAUGUUUAACGCAAAGCUGGCGGACUUCGACAUGGCGUCCGGCGAAACGCUGUACAUAGAGGCCGACGGCACGGAGAUGCCCGCGGAGAUCGUGGAGCUGCACGAGAUCGAAGUGGAAACGAUCGAGACGACGGUGGUCGGCGGUGACGAAGACGAUGAGCACCAGCCCAUGAUCGCGCUGCAGCCGCUGGUGACCGACGACCCGAGUCAGGUCCACCACCAUCAGGAAGUGAUCCUGGUCCAGACCCGAGAGGAGGUGGUCGGCGGGGACGAUUCGGAUCUCCGGGCGGACGACGGCUUCGAGGACCAGAUCCUCAUACCGGUUCCCGCGCCCGGAGCGGAGGAGGAAUACAUCGGGCAGACUUUGAUGACAGUCGCGGGGAAAAGUUCCGUGGGGCGGAUGGGGAAGAAGGCGGGCUCGGGCGGCAAAAAAGCUGGCAAAAAGAGCUACCUGAGCGCGGCGGAGGGCACCGGGAGAAAAUGGGAGCAAAAGCAGGUGCAAAUCAAGACGCUGGAGGGGGAGUUCUCCGUCACGAUGUGGGCAUCGGAUGAUAAGAAGGACAUUGAUCAUGAGACGGUGGUCGAGGAGCAGAUCAUUGGAGAGAAUUCUCCUCCUGAUUAUUCUGAAUACAUGACAGGGAAAAAACUUCCUCCUGGAGGAAUCCCGGGAAUCGAUCUUUCAGAUCCCAAACAGUUGGCUGAGUUUGCCAGCCCCUUCAGUAAGAGUCCUGUUCGAAUGAAGCCGAGGAAGAUCAAGGAGGACGACGCCCCUCGAACCAUAGCCUGUCCACAUAAAGGCUGCAGUAAAAUGUUCAGGGAUAAUUCAGCCAUGAGGAAACACCUCCAUACUCACGGCCCGCGGGUUCACGUGUGCGCCGAGUGCGGUAAAGCCUUUGUGGAGAGCUCCAAACUAAAGCGUCAUCAGCUCGUUCACACCGGAGAGAAGCCCUUUCAGUGUACUUUUGAGGGCUGCGGGAAACGCUUCUCGCUGGACUUUAACCUCCGGACACACGUCCGCAUUCACACCGGGGACCGACCCUACGUUUGCCCGUUCGAUGGCUGCAAUAAAAAAUUUGCUCAGUCCACUAACCUCAAAUCACAUAUUCUGACACACGCGAAGGCCAAAAACAACCAAUGAGAGCCUGCGUUGCGUUUACGUCCUACAACCCCCGACACUGAACGCGACUUAAUGACGGGGGCACGAACCGAUGCUCUGCUCGGUCGCUUACGAAGAAUCCAAUGGAAGAACUUAAAGGAACUUCAGUAGCCGUUAAAGACCCCUCCGUUCAAACGGACAUCUCGACCCGGCUUCUCCUGCUUUAGGAGCUCAACCGGACCGAGACGGACGUUCCUGAAGCUCUUCUGUUCAAUACGACAGCGCAUUUCAGAUGAUAAACUCUCCCACAGAUGAAGCUUUUUACUACGACGACAGAUCGUUCAGACUGGCUAAUUUUUUUCCACUUUUACUUCAAUCUCUCUGCUCUUCAUAGAUGUAUAGCUUUUAAUUUUGUAAUACUUAAAAGUGUGCAUAUUGUACACUUAUUUUUUGGGAUAUGUUUAGUAUGAUCAUGAAUAUUCCCUGAGAAGUAAAGAGUGUGGUGACUUGAUCCUCACAGGCGAGGUGAUGAUGAGUUACUGUAAGAUGAGGCUUAAAGUAUUUUUAUGUAUCUUUCUUAGUGUUGUUUUGUAUGGUUGUACUGGAACGAUGAAAUGCUGGUGUGAGAUUGAGUUUUCUGCUUUAUAGUCAUGGGUUUCUGAACUGUAGCACAUGAAAAGGAUGGGUUAGUUAGUUGUUUCUCAUCACAGUAAACUGCAGUGUUGUUAACUCUCAAUGCUUAUCUUUGUUAGGAUCUAUCAACCUUAUCCUUUGUUAAUAUUUACACCUCACCUGUACUUCAGUAUGCUAAAAUUAAAAAAAGGGAAAAGAUGAUUUCUCACAGAUUAAUUUGGGUGAAUGUUUCUAGUAAAUUAAUUUGCAGUGUUAAACCGCUGCGGUGGUGCCAAAACUAGCUUUUUUUGGGGGGUUGACUUUCGUUAAUGAUCGCAAGUGCGCUUUGAAAGAAAUUUGUUAAAUUGAAUUUGAUAAUAGAUGAAAAUGUAUUGUGAUGGUUGUGAACUUCAGUGGAUCUGCACUUUAAACCGUACACAUCCCCUCGUGUUUAUUAAUAUAUAUUGAGGAAAAUAUUAAACUUGUGCUUCUUUAAAGACAAAUGAAACUAUGGUAGGGUUUGUUAUUUGUGGUCAAGUGAACACAGCAGAGUUUUAUUUUCAUUUAUUUGUCUGAGCGGACGUCAUUUUGUGCACUGUUGUUUAGAAUGAAAACUGACAAUUUACUCAAAA